AUGUCUCGUGUAUGCUCUCUACAGAACAAUGCUAUCAAGACCUCCAAGUACAACAUCUUCACCUUCCUGCCCCUCAACCUGUUUGAGCAGUUCCAGAGGCUGGCCAAUGCUUACUUCGUCUUCCUGCUUAUCCUACAGCUGAUUCCAGCCAUUUCCUCUCUCUCCUGGUUCACCACUGUGGUUCCUCUACUGUUGGUACUGUGCAUGACCCUGGCUAAAGAUGGCUCUGAUGACAUUAAUAGACACAAAAAUGACAGACAGGUGAACAAUCGCAGAGUGGAUGUCCUCAUUGAUGGAAAGUUGAAGAGUGAGAAAUGGAUGAACGUUCAAGUGGGGGACAUCAUUAAGUUGGAGAACAAUCAGUUUGUUACGGCUGACCUGCUCUUAUUGUCCAGCAGUGAGCCUCUUAACCUGGUCUACAUAGAGACUGCUGAGUUGGAUGGUGAGACCAACCUAAAGGUUAAACAGGCUCUGACAGUCACAGGUGAUAUGGGAGAUGACAUUGACACACUGGCAGCCUUUACAGGGGAGGUGCACUGUGAAGCUCCCAACAACCGCCUGGAUAAGUUCACAGGUACGCUGUCGGUGCAGGGGGCCGCGUACGCGCUGGACAACGAGAGGAUCAUUCUUCGAGGCUGCACCCUGCGCAACACGGAGUGGUGCUUCGGCCUGGUGCUCUUCGGAGGACCUGACACCAAGCUGAUGCAGAACUCUGGGAAGUCUACAUUCAAGCGCACAAGCAUCGAUCACCUGAUGAACGUUCUGGUUCUGUUUAUUUUUGGCCUCCUGGCGUUAAUGUGCACUGCCUUGGCCAUCGGGAACUCGAUCUGGGAGCAUCAGGAGGGCACCUCUUUCACCGCCUUCCUCCCUCGUCAGGAGGGUGCAAACGCAGACUUCAGCAGCUUCCUCUCCUUCUGGUCCUACGUCAUCAUCCUGAAUACGGUGGUGCCCAUCUCCCUCUACGUCAGUGUGGAGAUCCUCCGGCUGGGAAACAGCUACUACAUAGACUGGGACAGGAAAAUGUACCACACUAAGAGUGAUAUUCCAGCCCAGGCGAGAACCACCACCCUCAACGAGGAGCUGGGGCAGAUUAAAUACAUCUUCUCAGACAAGACGGGCACCUUGACUCAGAACAUCAUGGUCUUCAACAGGUGCUCCAUCAAUGGGAAGUCCUAUGGUGAAGUUGUGGACUUCUCUGGACAGAGGGUGGAGAUUACUGAGAAAACAGAGAAGGUAGAUUUUUCUUGGAACCCGCUAGCAGAUCCAAAGUUCUGUUUCCAUGACCACAGCCUGAUAGAAGCAGUGAAGCAGGGUUCCAGGGAGGUGAAGGCCUUCUUUCGCCUGCUUGCUCUCUGCCACACUGUCAUGCCUGAGGAGAAGAGAGAGGGUGAGCUGUUCUACCAGGCGCAGUCUCCAGAUGAGGGCGCUCUGGUCACUGCGGCGCGGAACUUUGGCUUUGUGUUCAGAGGCCGCACCCCUGACACCAUAUCUGUGGUGGAGAUGGGGAUCAGCACCGCCUACCAGCUGCUGGCAGUGCUGGACUUCAACAACGUCCGCAAGAGGAUGUCCGUCAUCGUACGAAGUCCAGACGGCAGGCUGACGCUGUACUGUAAGGGUGCAGAUACGAUCAUCUAUGAGAGGCUCCACCCCUCCUGCUCUAAACUCAUGGAGGUCACCACUGAUCACCUCAAUGAGUAUGCUGGUGAAGGCUUGCGGACCCUGGCUCUGGCCUACAAGGACUUGGAUGAAGCAGAGUUUGAGGUGUGGAAAGUACGGCACCAUGAGGCCAGCACUACCAUGGAGGACCGUGAGGCAAAGCUGGACGCCAUAUACGAGGACAUCGAGAAGGACCUAAUGCUCAUAGGGGCGACUGCGGUGGAGGAUAAGCUGCAGGAUGGGGUGCCCCAGACCAUUGAACAGCUCUCCAAGGCUGACAUUAAGAUCUGGGUGUUAACAGGAGACAAACAGGAGACGGCGGAGAACAUCGGCUACUCCUGUAACAUGCUGCAGGAGGAGAUGACGGAGGUUUUCGUCGUCGCGGCGGACACGGCCGAGGGUGUGAGACAGGAGCUGGUGAAUGCCAGAAAGAUGAUGUCACCAGGUUCACCAGAUGAGCCUCCCGUCCUAAAGAGUGGCAUUAUUGGUAAAAAGUCCGAGGAGGUUCUGGACGAGAAGGUGGAAGGAGAGUAUGGCCUCGUUAUAAAUGGGCACAGCUUGGCGUAUGGUCUGCAGGAGGACCAGCAGCUGGAGCUGCUGAGGACUGCGUGUAUGUGCCAGACAGUGAUCUGCUGUAGAGUCACACCUCUGCAAAAAGCUCAGGUGGUGGAGCUGAUCAAAAAGCACAAGAAAGCCGUGACCCUCGCCAUCGGAGAUGGAGCCAACGACGUCAGCAUGAUCAAAGCUGCCCAUAUCGGAGUUGGCAUCAGUGGGCAGGAGGGCAUGCAGGCUGCUCUCUCCAGCGAUUUCUCCUUCGCGCAGUUCCGUUACCUGCAGCGCCUCCUGCUGGUGCAUGGCCGCUGGUCCUACCUGCGCAUGUGCAGCUUCCUGCGCUACUUCUUUUACAAGAACUUCACCUUCACCUUCGUGCACUUGUGGUAUGCCUUCUUCUGCGGCUUCUCCGCCCAGACGGUGUAUGACGAGUGGUUCAUCACCCUCUACAACCUGGUAUACACAGCACUGCCUGUCAUUGGCCUGGGUCUCUUUGAUCAGGAUGUGGAUGACCGCUGGAGUUUCCGUUACCCCCAGCUAUACGCCCCGGGGCAGCAGAACCUGUACUUCAAUAAGAUGGCCUUCGUCAGGAUCCUUCUGCACAGCUCCUACAGUUCAAUCAUUCUCUUCUUCAUCCCGUACGCCGCCAUACAGGACACCGUGCGGGAUGAUGGCAAGGACAUCGCUGACUACCAAUCCUUUGCUCUGCUCGCCCAAACCUGCCUGCUCAUCGCCGUUAAUGUGCAGCUUGGCUUGGAUACGUCUUAUUGGACAGCAGUGAACCAGUUCUUCCUUUGGGGGAGCCUGUCCGUGUAUUUCGCUGUCACCUUCACCAUGUACAGUAAUGGCAUGUUCCUCAUCUUCACCUCCUCCUUCCCUUUCAUCGGUACUGCAAGGAAUUCUCUGAACCAGCCAAACGUGUGGCUGACGAUCUUCCUCACCACCAUCCUGUGUGUGCUGCCUGUGGUAGCCUUCCGAUUCCUGCUCAUUCAGCUCCGUCCAACCAUGAACGACAAGGUGCGCUACAAAAUGAGACAGGAUAAAGCAGUUCUUCCUCCUCUUCCUCGCCGGUUCCCACGACGACGUAUCAGCACCCGUCGCUCUGGCUACGCCUUCUCGCAUGCUCGUGGCUACGGUGACCUGGUAACAUCUGGACGCUUCCUGCGCAGGAAUGUGAAGAGCAGGCCGACGCUCUUCCCUUUAGCAGAGUCACCUGUAGCCGAAAGCUCUCCACAGAUCUACCGCAGCAUCGAUGGAACACAGAGCUCCAAACAGGCCUGACAUCAGGGGGCGCCUUGGGGGAAAAUUUCUAUUUGGGCUUUUUUAGGGCACCUGUACGCCCUAGAAACCCAUAGAAUUAAACACCAGAAUCCCAUCCGUCACUGGCUGCUAUUGCAUUACUGGCCAGAUUACCACUGCUGAAGGUUUUCAGCGGGUUUUUACCAGAUGAUAUUACCCUUUCAGAGAGGCAAAGUAACUUCAAGCUGUGUAUUUCAGGGAACUAACAUAUGCAAUGCCUAUUAUAUAUAUUCACUCCCCUUUAAAAGUCAUCAGAUUUGUCUGGAUUACAAAUGACUGAUAUUUUCUGUCUCGUAUUUUAUUUUAAAAGAAAGACCCUCGAAAUGAAUUAAUAUUAAUUAAAAAAUAAAUUAAUUGUCACUGCUAACUGUAAAAUCCUGUUGGCGUAAGAUUCGACUCCUGCACCAUGGAAGCUCCAGGUUUGCACAGAUGAAGGGUGUCAGCCUAGGAUGUCAGUUAGAUUACAGUUGGCCUCUACCUGUGGAUAAUUUAAAAAAAAUUUUUUUGUUUUUUUCCGAAUAAAAGACCCUCUUAAUUUUAAAUACCAUUAUUCACACUGAAGGAAUCUAAAGGAAGCUGUAAAACAUAAAACCAGAGAAUUCUAAGGAAACUGGAGGUUAACUUGUAGAUAUUAUCCAAGUUUGGAUAUCCCAGUGAGCACUGUUGGCUCAGUUACAAGGAGUCAGACACUGUUGGGUCAGGCGCUGCCUAGAUGAGGCCGUCCCUCAAAACCCAACAUCAGAGCAAGAUGGGAUCUGUGAGGGAAGCCCCAGGAGCUAUAGAGUUCAGUGACUGAGACUGAAGAGAAGAUGCACCUGUCAGAGAUAACAAGACCUCCGCAUACAACUGGACGAAAUGCCAGGGCUAGAUAAUACUGGGAAAAAGAACAUGUGGCAUUUGCUAGAAAGCAUCAUAGUGACCCAGCUGAAAUAUGGGAUGUAGUUUUGUGUUCUGAUGAGACAAAAAUAGAGGGUUUUUAGCCAAAUCUCAACAUUCUAUGUGUGUUGCAAACACUGCCCAUUCCUCACAGACACCAUCCCAGCAGUGAAGUAUGGGGUGUGUGGGAUGGCAUCAUGUUGUGGGAAUGCAGUUGUUCACUGGGGACUGGGCACCUUGCUGAAAUUCAUCGACAGAUAGAUUGUUCAGAAUACACUGAGAUGCAUCAAGACCACCUGCUCCAGUUUGAAGAGAAAAUGGGAAGAAAAAUGUCACCUUCUGCAAGACAAAACUCCAAAACUAAUGGCUGGAGAGCAUUGUGCCACGAAGAAUGGGCAUCACUCCCAAGCAGUCUCCAGACUUCAGGCUCUCACUGCAGCAAAAAGUGGAUCUUUCAAGUAUUGAUCUAAAGGGGUAGCAUACGUCCACAAGCUCUGCUGACAAAGAAUAUUGGCUUUGAUUUGUGUAGGUGUCAUUUGUAAUCCAGAGGGUUGAAUACUUUUAAAGGCAUUGUAGAUCAAAGAUUUAUUCCAGACCUUGAAUCAAAACCCAGUCCAGGAUAUUAGUUUGUUGAUGUCAUAGUACAUUGGUUUUCAAAGCAGAGCUCUUGAGGUUUAAAGUAAAAAUGUAAAAACAGGAAAGGCAGCGUUGUUACCCAAUAUGCUAGACCAAGCAGCAAGACACCAGAGGGAGUGAUGGUGUCCAAUCACUAAUGUUAUCUGUUCAAUUAACUACCAGUGAUUAUAAAAUCCAGGACCAGAAACUGGCUUUGAAAGUGUGGAAGAGCUUUGAUAUGGAUGUUAACAAAUGUUAAUGAACAUAAUUAAUGAAACUGCAGCCUAGUUAGAACUACGUUAAAAUGCUGUCAUGCUCUGCUGCUUUACUGGAAUGUUUGCUGUUUGAAGUGGCUUUCAGUAAUUGAAAGUCAUGAAUUUCUUUUUUACUGAAGUUCGUAUGUGCCUUUAAAAGGGUUUCCUUUGUUAAAUGUAAAGUAAUUGAAAUGUAGUGAGGCUGUGAAUUUAAUUCAGAAUUUUUUUUAAAGGGCCAGGUUAUAUAAGCAGGUAUGAACAACUAAUAGAAGUCAGAACUGUCAUUGAUGUUGUUUCUGUUAGGGACUUGCAGUACUUUAUAAAUAGCAAGAUUGUCGAGGUCUUUUAAUGGGUGGAGUUGGAGGGGUGUGUUUAUGUAAAAGUGUAGCAUUCCAAACAAUGGUUGAGAUUUGUCCUUUCAUUACACAUGGGAUUUGCUGUCAGUUUAUUAUGUUUAUAACGUUACAUGAUGUCAUGGAUAUAUAGACCACGUGUCAAACCUGACACACCCACUCAAACUCCCUAACAAUCCAAUCCUUUGCACCUUGAUUCAGGUGUGUUGGAGCAACGAAGCCCUGCUGAGCUGAGCCCUCCCAGGAAUGCAAAUGAACACUAAAUAUUGUAGAACUACAGUGUCACUGAAAUUAGAUAUUAUACCAAUUUCUUAAUGCAUUGAAAUUAUUUUGAAUUUAAUUUAGUUUUGGUCAUUCUUAGGAAAUGUGUGGUUGUUUGUUUUUUCUUAAGAUGUUCUAUACUUUUGUAUAUUAAUCAGUGUCAAUAAAUUGAUUGCAAGAUUUUCAUGACAUAAUUGUUUUUGCAUUGUGUUAGUCUUCAUUUCCUAGUCAGAGAUGUGGCCCUGUUUAUUGUUAGCUGUAUGAAUGAUCAUGAAUCAGCAAUGCAGGCAAUAGAUAGAACAAGUCAGUGAGCUAAGGCCAGGACACAUGGCUAAAUGUGAAGAGCGCAUGUGUGCAGUGAUGACUGGUUUAUCCAUCCUCGGUUUUCAGACAGAAGGAAUUAUGACAAAUAUCUUUUUGAACCUGAUUUGGAAGCAAGCCACAGCUGGAAAAACAACCACGAAUGUGAAGGUAAAAAAUGAAGCCAUUGAGGAUGGCUUCUUAUAGACGAGCAUGUUUUCUUAUAGAGACCUUCCAUCUGCGAGUGAUUUUUUCAGCUGUCAUGUUUUCUUUGUAUUUCUAUAAUACAAAGAAAACAUGACAUUUUCUUUGUAUUUCUUAGUAAUGGCCAGAGUUCAUUUUGAGGUCAUCAGUCCGUGUGCCUGGGCACCUCUGGGCUCCACACACUGUGUGAGGAUGAAGGACAAACCAAAAUCCUCAGCAUAGUACGGUUCUGUUUAUCAAAAUUCCAAAUAUGGUUUUAGACCACCAUGCUACUGUUUUCUGAAUUAACAAACUAUAUAUGAACUGGCUCUGAAUCAUAAGAUUUCCAAUGCAUGUAUUAUUAUUAUUGUGUAGUUGGACUGUGUAAGGUAAUGUCUGACCUAAAACGGUACUAUCCUGCUCAAAUAACAAAUACUAUAAAGGCCUUUUGUAAUUCCUGAAGAAACAAGCAAAUAGCAUGUAAGACCUUUCAGUAUUUUUCUGUUGUCAUUCAGUGGUCUUAUAAAUUUCCAGUGUAUUGUUGUGUCUUUUUACACUUUACCAAAGUAUUAUCUGUAUAAUCUCUAAGGUUCAGAAUUUACUUGAGCUACUUCUGUACUGUGCCUGUAUAUGUACUUUACUACUGUGUUACUCUGCGUGUAUGUGUACUUUAGUACUGUGUUAGUGUUACUGUUCCUGUAGGGGUACUUUACUACUGUGUUAUUGUGCCUGUUGGCAUACUUUACUACUGUGUUACUGUACCUGUAGGUGUACUUUACUACUGUGUUACUGAACCUGUAGGGGUACUUUACUACUAUGUUACUGUACCUGUAGGUGUACUUUACUACUGUGUUACUGUGCCUGUAGGUGUACUUUACUAUUGUGUUACUGAGCCUGUAGGCGUACUUUACUACUGUGUUACUGAGCCUGUAUGGGUACUUUACUGUGUUACUGAGCCUGUAUGGGUACUUUACUACUGUGUUACUGAGCCUGUAUGGGUACUUUACUACUGUGUUAUUGUGCCUGUUGGCAUACUUUACUACUGUGUUACUGUACCUGUAGGUGUACUUUACUAUUGUGUUACUGAGCCUGUAUGGGUACUUUACUACUGUGUUAUUGUGCCUGUUGGCAUACUUUACUACUGUGUUACUGUACCUGUAGGUGUACUUUACUAUUGUGUUACUGAGCCUGUAUGGGUACUUUACUGUGUUACUGAGCCUGUAUGGGUACUUUACUACUGUGUUACUGAGCCUGUAUGGGUACUUUACUACUGUGUUAUUGUGCCUGUUGGCAUACUUUACUACUGUGUUACUGUACCUGUAGGUGUACUUUACUAUUGUGUUACUGAGCCUGUAUGGGUACUUUACUGUGUUACUGAGCCUGUAGCUGUGCUUAACUUUAACUUUAAUAAUUCAGUUUUGAGCAACAUUACCUUAUGCCACACCUUAUUACCUGAUGGAAAAUAUCUACUUUAUUUAAAAAAAAACUUUUUCAAAAACACAUUGUUAUGCUCUUGUA